GAAACAUUGAUAACUGAUAGGCUUUUUAGUUCGUAUAAAAGCUGAUAGCAAGAGCAAACCAAAUCAUUCUGUAUUUUGAACAGAAACAAUCAACAUGUUCUCUAAAAUUGUAGCUCUCUGCGCCCUGGUGACAGUGUCGUCAGCUGGUCUUCUGCCAGCCGCCGUUCACUACUCUCCAGCUGCGGCCGUCUCUUCCCAGAGCAUUGUCCGUCAUGACCAGCAACAAGCCAAACUGGCUGUUGCCGCCCCAGUCGCUUACCAGGCUGCCCCAGUCUACCAUGCCGCUCCCGCUCCCGUCUACCACACUGCCCCUGCCCCAGUUACCUACCACGCUGCCCCUGCCCCAGUUGCAUACCACGCUGCCCCAGUGCACUACGCCGCUCCCGUCGCUAAGGUCCUUGCCCACGAAGAAAUCGCUUACCCCAAAUACGAGUACUCUUACUCCGUGGCUGACCCUCACACCGGUGAUGACAAGCAGCAACAGGAGGUCCGCGACGGUGAUGUCGUAAAGGGCUCCUACUCUUUCCACGAAGCCGAUGGCUCCAUCAGAACCGUUGAGUACUCCGCUGAUGACCACAGUGGUUUCAACGCGGUCGUCCACAACACCGCCCCUACCGCAGCCCCAACCCUAGUCAAGGCCGCACCUGUCCUCCUCAAAGCUCCCGUCUACGCUGCACCCGCUCACCAAUACUACCACUAAAUUAUUAGUAACCAAGCACCCACCAAAACAGUUGUGAUGAUUAGUUAUUUAUUUAGUAGCAAAUAAAUUUAUCUUAAAUA